CAAGAGCUUCAAGGAUCUGAACGAGAUGCUCAACUCGCUAGACACUGAGGUCGGAACCGAGUGGUCCAUAAUCGUGAUGUGCGCCUCACCAUUCACUGUGCGUGAGAUCAUGAUCCGUGCUCACGAGAUGAACUUCGACAACGGGGAGUACGUCUUCUUCAACAUCGACCUCUUUAGCAGUAAAAACGCAACAGAGAAGCCGUGGUACAGAGCCAACGACACGGACGAGAGAAACACGAAGGCCAGGAAGGCGUUCGAGAGUUUGAUGACUGUGACACUGCGCAUGCCCACGAGCGAGGAGUAUAGACAGUUUUCUGACGAGGUCAAGGCCAGAGCUUUAGAGACCUUUCCAAAUUUAACUUAUGGGACCGAUGAGGUCAAUGCCUUUGCCGGUGCAUUCCAUGACGCCGUCCUGUUGUAUGCCCGGGCACUGAACGAGACGCUGACGGCCAACGGUUCCAUCACAGACGGCAGUGCUGUAACCAGGAGGAUGUGGAACCGGACGUUUAGUGGUAUAACUGGAACUUUUAGUAUCGACGCCAACGGGGAUCGAAACUCCGAUUACUCGCUGCUUGAUUUGAAUCCAGAAACUGACAAAUUUGAGGUUGUCGGCAACUAUUUUGGCACCCAUAAAAAGUUUGAACUCCUCCCCAACAAGACAAUUCACUGGGCAGGUGGCAGACUGGCCCCUCCCCCAGACACGCCCAUUUGUGGUUUUGAUGGCUCGAGAUGUCCUUCUGAAGAACCGUUCCCAGAAUAUUUUAUCGUGAUUAUCGUCUUGGGAUCGCUCUUGCUGAUUGUUCUUAUCGCCGUUUUCUUCAUCUAUAGACACAUCAAGCUGGAGGCGGAGCUUGCGGAAAUGAACUGGAGGGUCAGGUGGGACGACAUUCUGUUUGGGGCGCCAGAGAAGAACAAAAAGUUGGAGAGACAGGGCAGUCGGCUUAGUCUCAGGAAAGGCUCUUUGCCAACCAGUGAUUGUUCUGGGGAUACAAUAGCUGUACAUCUCAAUGAUGCAGGAAACAGACAGUUGUUUACUAGAACUGGCUACUACAAGGGAGCAAUUAUUGCCAUCAAACCAAUUACCAGACCCAACAUAACCAUCAGUAAACCAAUGCUAUUGGAGAUCAAAUGUAUGAAAGAUCUACAAAAUGAUCACAUAGUCAGAUUUAUAGGAGCUUGUAUAGAUUUCCCAAAUGCAUGUAUUCUAACAGAAUAUUGCCCUAAAGGAAGUUUACAAGAUGUUCUAGAGAAUGAACAGAUCAAGUUAGACUGGAUGUUCCGCUAUUCAAUCAUGCAAGAUAUUGUUCGGGGCAUGGCCUAUCUACAAGGGACAGAGGUGCGCAGUCACGGUUAUUUAAAGAGCACAAACUGCGUAGUUGACAGCAGAUUUGUUGUCAAAAUCACAGACUUUGGUCUCCAUCACUUGCGGGGGCUAGAGAGAAAUAACGAGGAGGAGGAUCACAGUUACAGCUACUAUUUAAAUAAAUUAUGGACGGCCCCUGAGCUGUUACGCAUGGCCUACAGGCCACCAGAGGGUACCAUCAAGGGAGAUGUUUACAGCUUUGCCAUCAUCUGUCAGGAGAUUGUCUACAGAAAUGGCGUCUACUUUUUACAGAAUCUUGAUCUCACACCCCAUGAAAUUUACCUGAAGGUGAAGGCAGGUGUGAAGCCUUACUUCAGACCAUCUCUUGAAGAAUACGACUGUCCUUGUGACGAGUUAGCUGGUGUUAUACGCCGCUGCUGGGCUGAGGAUCCUACUGACAGACCAGAUUUUCAAGCAUUAAAGUCCAUUAUAAGGAAACUAAAUAGAGAUGGUGACAAGGGCAACAUCCUAGACAACCUCCUCUCCCGUAUGGAGCAGUACGCCAACAACUUGGAGGCCCUGGUAGAGGAGAGGACAGCAGAUUAUCUACAGCAGAAGAAAAAAGCUGAGGAUCUCUUGUACAACAUGCUGCCCAAGAAAGUGGCGUCGCAGCUAAUCCGUGGUGAAUCAGUGACAGCCGAGUGGUAUGACAGUGUCUCUAUUUACUUCAGUGACAUCUGUGGGUUCACUGCCUUGUCAGCAGAGAGCACACCUAUGGAGGUUGUUGACUUGUUAAAUGACUUGUACACAGCUUUUGAUUCUAUUAUUGAACACUUUGAUGUUUAUAAAGUUGAGACAAUAGGAGACGCCUACAUGGUUGUGUCAGGCCUGCCAGAUCGUAAUGGGAUUUUACACGCACGUGAGAUAGCCAGGAUGAGCUUGUCUUUGUUGAAAGCGACCUUGACAUUUAGAAUCAGGCACCGGCCCAAUGACAGGCUGAAGAUUAGAAUUGGCAUUCACACAGGUUCUGUUUGUGCCGGAGUUGUUGGCCUUAAAAUGCCUCGCUAUUGUCUCUUUGGUGAUACUGUCAAUACAGCCUCAAGAAUGGAGUCCAAUGGUCUACCUCUAAAGAUCCAUGUCAGCCCACAGUGUAAAGAAGUUUUAGACACAUUUGCUACAUUUGUACAUGUUUUCCACAGCUCUAAAGAUCCAUCUCUAAAGAUCCAUGUCAGCCCACAGUGUAAAGAAGUUUUAGACACAUUUGCUACAUUUGUACAUGUCUUCCACAGCUCUAAAGAUCCAUCUCUAAAGAUCCAUGUCAGCCCACAGUGUAAAGAAGUUUUAGACACAUUUGUACAUGUCUUCCACAGCUCUAAAGAUCCAUGUCAGCCCACAGUGUAA